AUGUCUACUGGUAUUUCAAUCGGUGAUAACAUUUGGUACUUGCGGAGCAGAAAUGUUAAAGAGUGCAUGUCUUGGAUCCUGGCAAUCGAACAUCACAAAUUGGUCUUCGACUCAGGAUACACAUCGCCUACCUACAAUUACGUCCGUUCCACCAACAAUUCUGCCAACAUUGAUUUUUCUUCUUCUGCCUCCGCCUCCUCAUCUCAUCUGAAUGGAAUGCUUCUCUCUGGCCCGGCGUACCAAGUCACUUCGCCAUCUUGUCAUGCUCAACUGCCUGUUGGACACUCAUUUACCCAGACCCCUCUGGCUUGUUCAACUGGCCUUGUCUCUCGCACAUUCGAAUGCCCUCGUUCGUCAGUCUCAUCUGGUUUUGCUCCUGCCAUUAGUUCUAUGCUGGCAGAAUCUUGUGAAACAACCUCUGGCCAAGCGUCCCUAUCCGACAGUUCUAUCAGGGACACAACUUGCCUUUGCGCAACUGGAGACUGUGAAAUUGAUCUUCAUGAGACUCGACUGCAUGAGAAGCUGGCUGAAUUGGAUAUUUUCAGGUGA